AUGGCCGAACCGCUCCGCCCGAGAGCAUUGCCCAAAAUACUAUUGUUCGCUCUCGCACCCGUCGCGAUGUGGCUGCUCCUGCGUCCCUUGCUGGACCCAGCUCCCACACUACCUGCCCUACAUGCCUCGCUGGGCUUCUCCAUCUUCGCCUUUAUGGGUACGCUGUAUCUCGUGCCUGCGCUCGGGAGCACAUUCGUAAAGGCGAAUCUGAAGGGCCGGGAUCUACUGAAGACGUAUGACGACCCAAUACCCGAGAGUCUCGGGCUUGUCUGUGCCUCCAUCUACAUACUCCUUCUAAUUCUGUUCAUUCCAUUUGCAUUCUCCGAUUUCUUCAACCACCAGCAGGAUGCCUCCAGAAAGCCACGUGAAGGCAUCGUCGUUUCCGAAUUUCCGCAUCAUCAGCUAUCGGUGUACCUCUCGUGUCUCUUGUCUCUGCUGAUGGCCACCAUACUGGGAUUUCUGGACGAUGUCUUUGAUAUCCGGUGGAGGCACAAGCUGCCCAUACCCGUCAUUGCAUCGAUACCUCUCCUCAUCGUAUACUAUUCCGAAGGAGGAAAUACGGACGUCGUCGUGCCCAUACCACUGCGCUGGCUGCUCGGAACGUUGAUAAACCUGGGGCCUCUAUACUACGUGUACAUGUCGCUUCUGUCUACGUUCUGCACCAACAGCAUCAACAUACUGGCAGGCAUCAAUGGCUCAGAGGUCAGCCAGGCACUCGUGAUUGCACUGUCGGUCAUCCUGAACGACUUGCUGUACCUUCCGUGGUCGGUCGGAUUCCGAAUAGCACUGCCACUGCACCUUCUCGGGCGUCCUACUGAGGUCGAUGUCGGAGGCGUCUGGAGCGCUGGCAUGGCAUACGGCAGCAAGGUGCUCGUCGAGCGCCACCUUUUCAGCCUGUACUUCAUGCUGCCCCUCAUGGGCGUCUGCGCCGGUUUCGUGUACCACAACUGGUAUCCGGCUCGCGUGUUCCCCGGUGAUACGCUGUGCUACGUGACGGGCAUGGCAUUCGCUGUGGUCGGAAUACAGGCGCACUUCUCCAAGACGCUUCUGCUGUUCUUCCUGCCGCAGAUUUUCAACUUCGUCCUGUCCUGUCCGCAAUUGUUCGGUCUCGUCCCAUGUCCGAGGCACCGUGUACCCAGGUAUGUGUUUGACGCGGAUUCCGGGCUGCUACACCCGUCCAAGGCAGAAUUCAAAGAUCACCCACCUUCACGUUUAGCGGAACUCAUACUGCGCGCUUUCGCCACCCUCGGCUUCGUGCAACUCACCGAGGAUCCCCAUACGUAUCAGAUCACGGAGACGACGAAUAUGACCAUACUGAAUGUGUUCUUGCUCCGGCUUGGACCGAUGAGAGAAGACAGCCUCGUCAAAGUGCUGAUCGCGUCGCAGGCCGCGGGGAGCGUUCUUGCGUUCGUGGUGCGAUACGGCUUAGCGGGGUUGGUGUACGAUGGCAACAGGAGGUGA